CCGAAGUUCGUGUGUGUGUCAGAGUUAGCGCGCGCCAGUUCAUCUAAACAUCAUCUUCGUCAUCAUCAUCAUCAUCAUGUCUCUGAGCUGCUUUUUCACGCAGUUUUUACUGAGUUUGUCCCUGCUGUGUGUGGACAGCGCCGUCCUUGAGGACACGCUGCAGGAGACAAAGUCAGUCUCAGGGUCAGACUGCGUCCUUCACUGCACGGCCGCACACAAACCUGGUGUCCGCUACCGAGCGGUCAGGUGGUACAAAGUCACAGAGUCUCCGUCGUCUGGUAUCACCGGCCUCGUGACUCGAGAUCUUCCUGACGGCGUGACGAGAUUCUACGCCGACGUGGAUCGAGAGGUGGAGCUUCAGGCGGAGUCUCACGGCCUCUUCCUGCCCAACGUGACUUGUGGAGACGGCGGCAUUUACCUGUGUCACCUGACUUCACCUGUGGGAGAGCAGGACACGGAGGGGCGGGUCCACCUCACUCUCACAGGUACAGAUUGUUCGUCAGAUAAACACACGACGGAUCGUUACUCCGUCAUCGUGGCCACAGCCGUGCUGAUUUUGGCACUGGUAACAUUCCUCAUAAGCUACAGCAGCCUGAGGAACACGAUCAGAGACAGAACCAAGACCACCACACACAAGGAUGUUCUCGUGGACUCGGCACUGAAACCGCUGGACAAGAAGGACUUGAUGUUGAUCUACACUCUGGGUCCAAAAACAGCCACCAUGAAGCACGUCAUUGUUUAAAGAAACAAAGAGAGAACCACCUGGAAGACGCCGUCCGUAUUUCGUCCUCCUCCUCCUCCUCCUCUGCAGAUGGAUCAUCAGACUCUUUCAUGAACAUCAGAGAACAUGUUCAUUAUUUACUGAUUCACUGGAGGAAAACAUGUGGAAACAAAACCCUGAGGGACGGAUCUUCAUCCUCGGAGAACCAGGUCACACCGGUGGACCUGGACUCUGACCGCCGCUGUCUAGCUGAGGGUUUGUUGUUCAAUCCCACGGCUCCUUCUGUCCACGUGAGCAAGUGAAAGAAGGAAGUCGAAGCCGUUCCAUUCAUUAUAUUCUCACAUAAUCGAUGAGUAGUUUGGUUUUUAAAAAUUCAGGAUGAGCUGAGCGGUGUUUCCCAAACCAAACACGGUUUCUGUGAUUUAUGGAGCAAAGGAAGCAGAGAAGAUUCACAUUUAACAAACACUCAAACAUUGUUUCAGCCCUAAAACAACAACACUAUGUUUCCUAACAGGAGUUUGUGUUUCUUUUUUAUUUUCGUGUAUAGUUUUUAUAGUUUUAUUAAGUUCUCAUCACAGGAUUCUCACUGGUCCUGGAAAUCCUUGGACAUUUGUGAAUGUGACACUGAAAAAUCCAGGUUUUGUCAAAAGUUAUUUAAUUUAUGUUUAGUGCAAAUUGGUUGUUGUUGUUGUUGUUGUUGUUGUUGUUAUUGUUAUUUCCCUUUUUCUUAAAGGAACCGUUUUUAGUAAGUGAUCAAUAAUCAUGUCAAUAAAAUCCACUCGCCAACA